AUGGUUCUCUCUCUCACUGCUCUUGCUGUACCAAUGACAGAUCAUCAGAAGCUAAAAACUACGUCAAAGGAUGAUGUUAAGUGCACACCCUGUGGCCAAGUUUCCUCACCGCCGCCACCUUCACCUUCACCGCCACCACCGUCGCCGCCGCCUGCUUCCACCACCUACUGCCCUCCCCCUCCUUCUCACCCUAGCUCCGGCGGUGGAAGUGGCACUUACUAUUACUAUCCUCCGCCGCCACCCUCUCAGUAUACCUACGCAUCGCCGCCGCCUCCGGCAUCCACCGGAGGAGGAAUCGGCGGAACAUAUUACCCUCCGCCGAAUUACAGUAACUAUCCAACGCCGCCGCCACCAAACCCAAUUGUGCCUUAUUUCCCUUUCUACUACCACACCCCUCCGCCACCGUCCACGGCGGCUCCUCCGUCAUUGAGGGGCUCACCGGUCUACGCAAUUACAUUGCUAUCUCUUUUUCUUGUAUUGCUUUGA